CACCUGUCAACCGAUAUUCGUUCUGAAAAACUUAUUCUCAUGGUAUAUUCUUGCUUCCAAACUGAAUCUAUAUAGAAACCUUGGAUUGCUUUAGAUUUUUGCAUUCUCAUCACUCUACACUAAACACAAAUCAUGUCUGCAUUUGUAGGCAAAUACGCAGAUGAAUUGAUCAAGAAUGCCAAGUACAUAGCGACGCCAGGCAAAGGGAUCCUCGCUGCAGAUGAAAGUACCGGCACAAUCGGCAAACGUCUCUCGAGCAUCAAUGUCGAGAACAUCGAAUCAAACCGUCAAGCUCUGCGUGAACUCCUCUUCACCUCCCCCAAUGCCCUUUCUUACUUGUCAGGUGUUAUUCUCUUUGAGGAAACUCUUUACCAGAAAACUUCAGAUGGAAAGCCUUUUGUAGAAGUUCUGCAAGAGAACAAUGUUAUCCCAGGCAUCAAAGUUGAUAAGGGAACAGUUGAUAUUUCUGGGACAAAUGGUGAAACCACAACACAGGGAUUUGAUUCGCUUGGAGCUCGCUGUGCGCAGUACUACAAAGCUGGUGCACGUUUCGCUAAGUGGCGUGCUGUUUUAAAAAUUGGACCUACUGAGCCAUCCGAGCUCUCGAUACAACAAAAUGCUCAGGGACUCGCUCGUUACGCCAUCAUUUGUCAGGAAAAUGGUUUGGUUCCUAUUGUAGAACCAGAGAUUUUAACUGAUGGCAGCCACGAUAUCAAGAAAUGUGCUGCUGUGACUGAGACUGUAUUGGCAGCUUGUUACAAGGCUUUGAAUGAUCAUCAUGUGCUUUUAGAAGGAACUCUUUUGAAACCAAAUAUGGUUACUCCUGGUUCUGACAGCCCCAAGGUUACGCCCGAGGAGAUUGCGGAGUACACAGUGACUGCUCUGCGCCGUACUGUACCACCAGCAGUUCCAGGGAUUGUGUUUCUGUCAGGCGGACAAAGCGAGGAACAAGCAACCGUGAAUUUGAACGCAAUGAACAAGUUGGAUGUUUUAAAGCCGUGGACACUGUCUUUCUCGUUUGGACGAGCAUUGCAGUCAAGCACCCUAAAAACAUGGGCGGGUAAAGAAGAGAAUGUGGGCAAGGCACAAGAUAAUUUCUUGGUAAGGUGCAAAGCAAACUCUGAAGCAACUCUUGGUAAAUAUGCUGGAAGUGACGGCAGUGAUUUGGCUUCAGAAAGUUUGUAUGUCAAGGGUUACAAGUACUGAGUUGAAAGUUAACUUCUACUGUGGGACUGUCAUCCAAGUGGAUGUUAUCUUCAUAAAAAAUCAAGCAUGGCCGGUUGUUCUUCUAAUUGGUUGUAUUUAAAUUGAUACAUAAUCUACACUUUUUCUUCAUAUUACCACCA